AUGGCUCCACAGACUGUUAUCUGUAUUGGUAUGGCCGGGUCCGGUAAAACCACCUUUAUGCAAAGAUUAAACUCACAUUUAUAUUCUAAAAAAACACCACCAUAUGUGAUAAAUUUAGAUCCAGCGGUUUUGAAAGUCCCAUUUGGAGCAAACAUCGAUAUUAGAGAUUCAGUGAAGUAUAAAAAAGUUAUGGAAAACUAUAACCUAGGUCCAAAUGGUGCCAUUGUUACUUCAUUAAAUCUUUUUUCAACUAAAAUUGAUCAAGUUAUUUCAUUAGUUGAGAAAAAAUCUGAUAAAUUUAAAAAUGUUAUCAUUGAUACCCCUGGUCAAAUUGAAUGUUUCAUUUGGAGUGCUUCAGGUGCUAUCAUAACAGAAGCUUUUGCCUCAACUUUCCCAACUGUCAUUGCUUACAUUGUGGAUACUCCAAGAAAUACAUCACCAACUACUUUCAUCUCUAACAUGUUAUAUGCUUGUUCUAUAUUAUACAAAACUAAAUUACCAAUGAUUAUCGUUUUCAACAAGACCGAUGUUCAAAAAGCUGAUUUUGCUAAAGAAUGGAUGACAGAUUUUGAAGCUUUCCAAAAUGCUUUAAAAGCUGAUGAAGAUUCAAAUGAUGGACAAAGCUCGGGUUAUAUGAACUCUUUAGUCAAUUCAAUGUCAUUGAUGUUGGAAGAAUUUUACUCACAAUUGGAUGUUGUUGGUGUUUCAAGUUAUACAGGUGAAGGUUUUGAUGAAUUUUUAGAUGCAGUUGAUAAUAAAGUUGAUGAAUAUGAAAAAUUUUAUAAAGCUGAAAGGGAAAGAAUAUUGAAGGAAAAGGAAGAAAAGGAAAAAAACAAGAAAGAGAAAAAUUUAUCUCAUCUAAUGAAUGAUUUAGGUAUUUCAGGAAAGGGUAAAAAAGAUGAAGUUGAUGUCAUCUCUGAUACUGAAAGUAUUGAAGAAGGUGAACAUGAUGGUAUACUACCAACAGAUGAAGAGGAAGGUAUUGAAAGAGAGUACACAUUCCCAGAAGAUAGAAAUGCUGGUGAAGUUAAUGAUAAUUCAAAUGAAGCAUUACAAGCUCGUUAUCAAGAAGCUUAUGAAAAAGUUGCAAAAGAAGCUUCAAGUCAAACAGCUGAAAAUAUAGCAAACUACAUUCGUCAAUAA